UGAUUUGCUAAUUAUUAAGUUUAAAAAGUGUGUCAAACGUGUUAUUGCUCUAAUCCACUAAGAUCUAGUUUAUGAGAUUUGUUAUACUUACAUAUUGUGAAGAAAAAUCAAGGCGUUCUGAUAACUGUAAAAAUUUCCAAUGAAAAAGUGCAAAGCGGGGCACCAAAAGAAUUCCGGUUAUAAUUCUUCGAACAUACAUUCGGAAAAUGGCAACUGACGCUGGCAUUUUAGAAACAGUGGAACUGCAGUUACCGCAAGGACGCAUACGCGGCGCCAAGCGCCAGGCAGUCUACGGUGAAACCUACUAUAGCUUUGAGGGCAUACCGUAUGCCAAGCCGCCAGUUGGCGAAUUACGCUUUCGUGCGCCGCAACCAUUUGGAAAUUGGUCCGAUGUAUUAGACGCCACGCAGAGUCCGCCCAAACCGGUACAAAAGAACCAGAAAACCGGCGAGAUAGAAGGCAGCGAAGAUUGUCUUUAUCUGAAUGUCUUCACCAAGCAUAUAGAUGCUGCCAAGCAGAUGCCGGUCAUGGUGUGGUUAUAUGGUGGCGGCUUUCAGACCGGUCGUGCAGCGCGCGAGCAUCACGGACCCGAUUAUCUGAUGCGUGAAGAUGUUGUAUUUGUAUCAUUAAAUUAUCGUCUCUGUUCGCUGGGUUUCCUUAGCUUGAAUGACCGCAGUCUUGAUGUUCCCGGCAACGCUGCCAUCAAAGAUCAACUGCUCGCGCUCAAGUGGAUCAAGAAAAAUAUUUACUAUUUCAAUGGCAAUUGUAAUAAUAUCACAGUUUUUGGGGAGAGCGCCGGCGCCACAUGUGCACACAUUUUGUCCUUGAGUGAUCAGGCGCGUGGCCUAUUUCAACAAGCGGUCAUAAUGUCCGGUUCAGCACUGAGCUACUGGGCUACCAUGCCACAAAAUAUGGGCUAUCGACUCGCUGCGUAUCAUGGUUAUAAAGGCGAGGCCGAAGACAAGCCAGUAUUGGAGUUUUUGCAGCAUUUGGAUGCAGGCAAAUUGGUCGAUCAUUCACUGCUUAGUGAGGAGGAAAAUCGGUCGUUCCACUGGCUAACAUUUACACCGACAGUUGAACCCUAUGAGUCAGAACAUUGCAUAUUGCCGACCGAACCAAUUAAUCUGCUGAAGUCGGCUUGGGGAAAUGGCAUACCAUUCCUCAUGGGCGGCACAUCAUUUGAGGGUUUAAUAAUGUAUCAGCAUGUGAAAAAAUUCCCAAAAAUUGUAGAUCUCGUGAAAAAAGCGCCGGAAUUAUUGGUAUUAGCAGAAUUAAAAGAUAUUUACGAGAGCAGUCGAAUUCAGGAAUUGAGCACACGCAUACUAAAUCUCUACUUUGGUAAGGAGAAAGACGAAGUAAUUUCCAAACAGGAUAAACCAGAUCCCUGCUUUGAUUUUUUACAUCUUUGUUCGCAUAAAAUGUUCUGGCACGGUGUGCAUCGCAUUGCGCUUGCGCGCACGAAGUAUGCUACCGCCAAUACUUACCUCUACCGAUUCGACUUCGAUUCGCCUACAUUCAAUCAUCAUCGCUUACGUUUCUGUGGCGAUGAUUGCGUGAAGGGCGCUGCACAUGGCGAUGAUCUCUCGUAUCUAUUCUAUUUGAAGGAAUCCAAAAAACUGGAGGAGAAUACGCCUGAAUAUGCUACCAUACAACGCAUGAUCGGCAUAUGGACCAGCUUCGCUAAAUUGGGAAAUCCGAAUUGCCCCGAGAUUGCGCCAAAUGUAUGGCUACCAAUUGAAAAAACAAAUCCUGACUUUGGGCUGAAUAUUAGUCAGACGCUGCAGGUUAUGCAAAUACCCGAAGCGCCGAAAAUGAAAGCUUGGGAUUCUUUGUAUGACAUGCCAUUGCUUUAUGGGUCUACCUCCGAUACUGAGGCAGAGUCUGGAAAAGGUACUACAGUACUUACAUAGACAAAGAAUAAACGGCUAUGAAUACUGACAAAUAUCAGUAGUUAAUAAGUGAUUUUUUACUGUAAUGCAAAAUGUACAUAGCAAAAGAUUUUGCUAAAAUUAAAAACAGAAAUAAAGCAAAGCAUGGUAACAUGUUCCUCCCA